AGAGAUCUGCUGAGCGAGCCCUGUUCCAUAAACCCUAACCUAACUUCGAGAUUUUCCAUAGAGAGAGCAAUUAAGCUGAAAUCGUAGAAAUUCGAUACAAUCCAGUAUGGACAAGAGCAUGAUAGGAGAUCUGGAUUCGCUUCCAGAGGAAGAUAAGAUGAGAAUGGCCACCAUGAUCGACCAGCUCCAGAUCCGCGACAGUUUGAGAAUGUAUAACUCACUUGUUGAGAGAUGCUUCAAUGAUUGUGUCGACACCUUUAAGCACAAAUCGCUGCAGAAGCAAGAGGAAACCUGUGUCAGGCGAUGUGCUGAGAAGUUCCUAAAGCAUUCCAUGCGUGUUGGAAUGAGGUUUGCAGAGCUCAACCAGGGAGCUGCAACACAAGAUUAGUCGUCAAAUCAGCAAGAUCACGCCCGGUCAUGCCCGUCUUACCCUGUUGUUUCCUUGCUUUCUUAGAGUAUGUCCCCCCGUUCUUACAUAGAAGGACAAAUGGUAGUUGUACCCAUUUUUCAUGAUUUCACUUUUCUUAUCCAAGCUAAAACAGCAAAAUUGUAUUAUGUAGAUGCAAGGGAUCCGUAAGUUGCUGUCUGAUUCGAGUUUUUACCGUUACAAAUCCAAGCAGCAUAGCAAUCCUUGAA